UACUUGCAUUCACCUAACUAAAUCUCACUGAAAUGGAGCUUCCAUUCUCCCAGUUCUCUAUACUUCUCAGCUUUCUACUCUUUCUAGUCAUAGCUAUUAAGCUUCUGAGAGAAUCCAAGAAAGGAAAAGGGCCAAAUUUGCCCCCCGGCCCACGAAAACUUCCACUUGUUGGGAACUUACACCAGUUAAUGGGAUCAUUGCCUCAUCAUACUUUGAGAGACAUGGCAAAAGAAUACGGACCGAUAAUGCACCUAAGAUUUGGUGAAGUUCCUACUGUUAUUGUAUCCUCAGCUGAAGCGGCGAAAGAAGUUAUGAAGACACAUGAUCUUGUUUUUGCAGAUAGGCCGAAAAUUCUUGUUGCAGAUAUAAUUGGAUACAAUAGCACUCAGAUUACAUUCUCUCCUUAUGGUGAUCAUUGGAGACAACUUAGAAAAAUUUGUGUAGCAGAGCUCCUUAAUGUCAAACGCGUACAGUCCUUUGAGUCGAUAAGACAAGAGGAAGUCGAAGAUCUCAUCAAAACGAUUUCAUCGAAUCCUGCUGGUACUACCAUCAAUCUCAGCCAGAUGAUAUUUACGUUGACGAACAACAUUAUAUCCAGGGCUGCAUUCGGUAGGAAACUCGAGAGCCAAGAUGAAUUUAUCGCUACCUUGAGGAAAAUUGUCGAUCUGGCAGGCGGAUUUGACUUGCCAGACACAUUUCCUUCACUCAAAUUUCUCCAUCCUUUAACUGGAGCAAAGGCUGCAAUGUUGAAAAUACAUCACAAAAUCGACGAAAUUUUAGAAAGCGUUCUCCAAGAGCAUAAAGUUGCAAGGAGAACAAUCAGUGGUAAGGACAAAAUGCACAAGGAAGAUCUUGUGGAUGUACUAUUGAGAGUUCAAGAAAGUGGUGACCUUGAAGUUCCUAUUACAACUGACACAAUCAAAGCUGUCAUUUUGGAAACAUUUAUUGCGGGGACUGAUACUUCAUCGACAGCCUUAGAGUGGGCAAUGGCAGAACUGAUGAAGAAUCCACAGGUAAUGCAGCAGGCGCAAGCCGAGGUCAGACGAGCAUUCAAAGGAAAAAGUAUAAUCUCAGAGUCUGAGGUGCAACAACUUGACUACUUGAGAUUGGUUAUCAAAGAAACACUGAGAUUGCAUGCGCCCGUGCCUUUGUUAGUACCAAGAGUAGCUAGACAAAGAUGUGAACUUGGUGGAUAUGAGAUACAAGCCAAUACAAGGUUAAUGGUUAAUGCAUGGGCAAUAUGCAGGGAUCCCAAGUAUUGGGAAAAUGCUGAAUGCUUUGAACCAGAAAGACACCGAAAUUCGACACUUGAUUUCAAAGGGAAUAACUUUGAGUUUAUACCUUUUGGUGCUGGUAGAAGGGCAUGUCCAGGAAUUUUGUUUGGGAUAUCAAAUCUUGAACUUCCACUUGCUCAGCUUUUAUUCCAUUUUGAUUGGAAACUCCCGAACGGUAUUGAACCAAACAACCUUGACAUGACAGAGGCUUUUGGAGAGACAGUAAGGAAGAAAGCCAACUUGCAUGUAAUUGGAAUUCCUUAUAUGUCCAAAUCCUGAGUUAUGGCCUCAACUCGGAGAAAAGGAAUAAGACUGAAUAUCACAAUGUAAAAAAGUCGUUAAAGAAGGUAUCGCUGUAAUAAUUAGUACGUGCGUUUUGUCCUCUUCGAUCUUUUCUUUUAUGGCUUUUUGUAAGACCAGUACUUUAUGAUCCGUUGUUGGACUCAUGGGUUUAUCCCAUAUGGGAAAAUUAGGAAGAAAUUAAUAAAAGAGGUCGCUACCUACUGUUUCUCCCUAA